UGGCAAACGAUAAAAAAAAUAGCAUCAGAUCGCAUCACAUCAUUGACGGAAGUUAUUGCUUGUGUGUAAUUUUAAUUAAAGUUUAAAAUGGCUGAUACUGAACUUAUUCUAAAAAUAAUAAAUGGGGUGAAAAAACGUGAUUGCUUGUGGAAUAUACAUUCAGCAGAAUAUGCAAAGCGUGAUAAACUAGAAAAGGCUUGGCAAGAAAUAUCGGUUGAUAUUGGAAAGCCAGAAAAUUUUUGCCGUGAAAAGUGGCGUAAUGUACGCACUGGUUUCUUGCGUAGCAUUCAAUACAAUACGAAUAUUCUUUGCGAUAAUGGCGAUGGUUCCGAAGAUUUGCCUACUCCACGUCGUAAACGCUUCUACUUGUUUGAUGAAAUGAAAUUCCUUUUACAAGCAACGGAAAGCACUGGACAAGUAAAAAAGAAGCAAAAACUUUCUCGUAGUGCCAAAUCAAGAAAUUCAAUUGACGAUCCCAGCGGAGAUAAUGUGGAUGCUAGCACAAUACAAGCAAUUUCGGGAAAUAAAGAUUCAAAGCACUAUACCAAUAUCAAUGAUACAAAUCAAAGUAAUAUCUCCACAUACCCAGACGUAUUAAAUGAACUACAACUAUCCGCUACUUCAUCGACGAAGCCCUCAACAAGACAAUCAGAAGCGGCACUAGCACUGAAAAUGGAUCAACUAUCUCCACCUCCUCCAAUGAAAAUCGACGAGGAAAAAGAGGAGCAAGUAAAACAUUCAACACCCAUGGCAGUUCCAUCUGGUGGCACACAGUGUGAAAUCGGAAAUAAUACCAAAAGCGGGGAAUUAUUCAAUCCCAAUGCAAAUCGUAACGAAUGCGAUAACCGCGAUGAGGAGCAACUACUCGCCUUUUUCCGUGGCAACAUCGAUGAUAUAUUAUCACUUCCCCGACACAAGCAACGUUUAUUCAAGAGGCGGAUGUUGGAAUUAAUCGAUGAUCUACAUAGACCAGAAAAUGGGCUCUCGAGCAGCAGCUAUUGUCCUUGACCGUGUAAAACAAGAUUUGAGUAAAUUUUUAGAGGUUAGAAAUUGGAAAUAAUUAAAUACUAUUUUAAUAUUACAUUCCGA